AUGACAGAGAAGAAGAUGGAAUACGUCAACCUGGGCAAGUCCGGCCUCAAGGUCUCGAAAGUCAUUCUGGGCGCUAUGAGCUAUGGAAGCGACAAGUGGCAGCCAUGGGUGCUGAAUGAGGGGGACAGCUUGCCGCUGCUCGAGUACGCCUACAAGUGUGGCAUCAACACUUGGGAUACUGCGGACAUGUAUUCCCACGGCAUCUCCGAACGCAUUAUCGGCAAAGCCCUCAAACAAUACAACAUCCCGCGCAGCAAAGUCGUCAUCCUCUCGAAAUGUCACUUUGGCGUCAACGAAGACAAUCCCUCGCUCAGCGUAGCGGCAGUCUCGACCAAUGAUGCCGAGAUGGUGAACCAGGUCGGGUUGAGCAGGAAGCAUAUCUUUGACGCGGUGGAAAAGAGCGUCGAAAGGCUAGGCACGUAUAUUGACGUGCUGCAGAUCCAUCGGCUGGAUAGAGGGACGCCCAGGGAGGAGAUCAUGAAGGCGCUGAACGACGUGGUUGAGAAGGGGUGGGUGAGGUAUAUCGGGGCUUCUUCCAUGGCGGCUUGGGAGUUCCAAGCCCUGCAAAAUAUCGCCGACCGAAAUGGAUGGCACAAGUUCAUCUCCAUGCAGAACUAUUAUAAUCUCAUCUACCGCGAGGAAGAACGCGAGAUGAUCCCAUACUGCCAGGACACAGGCGUCGGCCUCAUCCCCUGGUCUCCCAUCGCCCGCGGCGCCCUCACCCGCCCAUGGUCCGAUCGCUCCACCAAACGCGCGACUACUGACCGCUUCCUCGAUAUGCUCGUGCACAGCCGCGAGGACAAGACGGACCAGGAGAUCAUUAAGCGGAUCGAAGAGGUGGCGAAGAAGCACAAUGUGAGCAUGGCGACUAUUGCGACUGCCUGGUGUAUCAAGAAGGGCGUUUGCCCCAUCAUUGGGCUGAGCAGCAAGAAGAGGAUCGAGGAGGCGGUGGAGAAUAUACACUUCAAGUUGAGUGAUGAGGAUGCGAAGUUCCUCGAGGAGGUGUAUUUGCCUAGGGAGAGGCAGGGAUACUAG